AAAUCAUCGGUGGGCAUGGGGAACAGUGACAUAUCCCGCCCACUGGCCGGUCUGCUGCAGCUUCACACAAAUACAGUUGAGCGUUUCAUAAAAAUGCACUCAGAUGCGACAAAUUUUCAGCUGAACUCCCACUUGUCCACACUGGCCAGCAUCCACAAGAUCUACCAUACACUGCACAGGCUGAAUCUGACCGAGGACGUUGGGCCAGACACUCACGCCACAGCCUGCUGCUCCAGAGCCAUGCCCCCCAGGAAAAAGAGGAGGCCCACAGCAGGAGAUGACCUGUCCGCCAAGAAGAGCCGCCAGGACAAUGUUUACAGAAAACAGGAGCCAUCACACAUUCAGGAGGCAGAGGCCUUCUCUAAUAAGAGAUGUCUGGAGUGGUUUUAUGAGUAUGCAGGGUGUGAUGAGGUGGUAGGACCAGAAGGCAUGGAGAAAUUCUGUGAAGAUAUCGGAGUGGAGCCAGAGAAUGUCGUGAUGCUGGUGUUAGCCUGGAAACUGAAUGCCCAGAGUAUGGGCUACUUCACUCUUCAGGAGUGGCUCAAGGGGAUGGGCUCUUUGCAAUGUGAUUCAACUGAAAAACUCAGGAAUUCUUUAGACUACCUGAGGUCUAUCCUCAAUGAUGCCACCAGUUUCAAACUCAUUUACCGAUACGCCUUCGACUUUGCCCGGGAGAAGGAUCAGAGGAGUUUAGAUUUAAAUACUGCCAAGUGCAUGCUGGGACUUCUAUUGGGGAAGACCUGGCCACUGUUUCCUGUGUUCAACCAGUUUCUAGAGCAAUCCAAGUACAAAGUAGUAAAUAAAGACCAGUGGUGCAAUGUUCUAGAAUUCAGUAGGACCAUCAACUUAGAUCUCAGCAACUACGAUGAGGAUGGGGCCUGGCCAGUGUUGCUGGAUGAAUUUGUGGAAUGGUACAAAGACAGAGAGAUGUCGUAGCGACAGUUUCCUUGCCUUUGACACCAACAACUAGAAACUAAUCGGCAACAAAGCACCAAGGCGACAAUGACAGAAAUGGCAUAGAAACAAAGGUCCACAAAGAAACAAAGCAUAAACCUGAACCGGCUGGCGCAAACUGUAGGUGUCCUGCCAGUGAUGAGUAGCGUGUGUGUGUGUGUGUUUGUGUGAAUGAAUGAAUGGAUGGAUCAGUGAGUGAGUGGUUGAGUGAAUGCAUGAGUGAAUUAUGGAGAGACUGAGUGAGCGAGAGAGAGUCCUGUAAUGCACCAGUUCACAUGUUGCCCUUCUCACCAUUUUUAUGUGAGGGUCACCACUGGUGAAUCGUAGGACAAACUGCACCUCAGUCCUAAAUCCCCACCUGAUGUCCUCCCUGACAUGCAGUGCACCUUUGGGAAAGCACACAGCCAACCUCAGUGCCGCUCCCUCCCACCCUACUGUGACGUGUCAUAUUACUGUGAAUGUUUUGAUGGGCGUUUAAGAGCAGUUGUAUUCUCCACAUGGCAGGGUAUCUCCAAACAGGCCCCUCCCCCUUUUUACUUUUUAUUCUUAGUGAUUUUACGUAAUAAUGCCAUGGCAUUGAUUGCACUGGGCCUUAUUUAUCAAAUACGAGAAGGGUUAAAACGUAUGUGUGAGUCCUCAGCUUCUGAUGUAUUUUAUGUGAAAAUACAGCAUCCAAACAAAAGAUGUUCCCUUUUCACUUUACUUGCUUUUAUAGAGAAAUACACUAUUAAUCGACUCCUUCCCUUAAACAGCACGAUAAAGUCCAGUUAGACUGGAGUUAGACUGAAUUGGAGUGUUUACAAUUCAAUUGUAAGUUACAAGUUCCUAAAAUUUGGAGUGUUUUAUGUAUUAAGUUUGCACAUAUUGCUUUAAAUCCACCAUUUCCACAGGGUAAAUGAACAGUAACUUAAAAUAUUUAAUAUAAAUUGAUCCUUAUAUAUUAAUUAUAUAGGAUCAUAAUGACUGUCAUUGUUCUGCACAUAUUUGAUAAAUGAGGCCCAGGCUGUGUGGAAAACAGAUGAGACAUGUUUGUGUAUUCAGUUGGUUUGGCCUUUUAAAAACAUUCUUCCUUUUCUUAAUUUCUGUAUAACACGCUGUAUGUUUACCUGUGUGUGUUAUCGCUGGCCGCCAUGCUUCCAACGUUGCUUAUGGUGGUCUUCACACUGGAGAAAAGUUACCAGAGCACAUUACAGUACUUUAGCUCCAUUUCGUACAGUGUCUCACUUUGCUCAGGAUACACUACAUCCAUGUGUGAUCCUGAUUCCGAAUCUAUUUCUGUACAAAUUAUUUCUUCUGUACCUCAAUAGCACCUUUCAGUAGGCAUGGAAAUGCCUAUUUAUCACACUUUUUAUUUUCUUUCUUCGUUUUUGAUGGUUGAUUCAAUUGGAUCUGUUAAUGCUGUUAAUCAUACCUGAACUUGUACUUAACUGAGUGGCAACAGUUAUUAGGUGUGAAGCAAAAUGAACUUCGGUGUGGCAGAUUUUAUGAAGUGCCAGCUAUAAGAAAUAAUGAUUGUUAUGAAGUAAUAAUUAAGUUGCCAUUCUUUUUCUGUUUUUAGGCCUACUUUAUGUUGUAGUUCCUGUGGUAACACUUUCAUGAAGGGCUGCUUUCUAGUGGCUACACUGCACCUAGUCAAGUCUUUUAUUUUAGUUGAAUUAAAACCUACAGUAUCUCACAAAAGUAAGUACACCCCUCACAUUUUUGUAAAUAUUCUAUAUAUUAAAUAUCUUCUCAUGAGAUUACACUGACGGUAUGAUACUUUGAUACAAAGUAAAGUAGUCAGUGUACAGCUUGUAUUACAGUGUGAAUUUGCUGUGUUUUCAAAAUAACUCAACACACAGCCGUUAAUGUCUAAACCACGGGCAACAAAAGUGAGUACACCCCUGAGAGAAAAUGGCCAAAUUGUUCCAAAUUAGCCCUUUUCCCUCCCUGGUGUCAUGUGACUCGUUAGUGUUACAAGUUCUUGGGUGCAGAUCAGUUAAAUGUGGUGUUUUGUGCAAAAUUCUCUCAUACUGGCCACUGGAUAUUCAACAUGGCACUGAGUUAUUGAGUUAUUUUGCAGACACAGUAAAUGUGAGAUAUACGUAUACCUUUUCAUGGGAAAACACUGAAGAUAUAAUAAAAUACCUACAUAAAUGUGAGGGGUGUACUCAUGUUUGUGAGGUUCUUUAUGUACAUGUUUAUAAAAGCUUAUUUUAAUAAUUUGUCUGUUAUGAUGAGGCUUUUAUGGGGUGAAAUUAACACAAGCAUAACUCAACUAAUACUGGUUUGAAAAUGCUUUUCUGAACUCUAUGUAGAUUUAUGUUAUGAACAGCUUAUGUAGGUACUGUGUAGCCUUUAGAAUGCUACUUUUCAGCGCAAAAUCAUUUUAGAAAACUUAGCACUUUUUUCUUUACUGUGGCUAAUAAUUUGAGACAUUGUGGUGGAGAUGAUAUUGCUGACAUUAGAUAAGUGAGGCUAACAGUUAAAUGCAGGAAAGUUUGCCAAAAGUUAGUAGUUAGAUUCUGGCCACUCUCUAGCUACAGAUUUUAAGUGUUACAUUUCUUUUAUCACUUAGUCUUCAUGCUGCUUUCACUGCAGGGAGUUUUCUUUGAGGCUCAGUGUGUUAUUGUCCCAGGUGUGUAUGACUGUUUCCUUGAGUUUUGAAUGGACUGUAGAUUGCAGACGCUGCUGUGCCCUUAGAUUGAGUUCAUGCCCUCUGGUUGAAGUCUGUGUUGGCGGUGGGCACAGCCUCCGGUUGGCCAACUCUGAUAGAUCUCCCACAGAAUCGUACAGCUGUGAGAGUAUGAGGCCAUUCCACUUUUUUUCCUGUUGUUCCAAACAAGUGUUCCUUUGGACAGUUGCUCUCGUAUUGCAAAAGUAAACCGGCGAUAUGGAGACAGGCUCUUGAAGUGAAACAAACUUCCACAGCAAAGACCUUAAACCCAUAGUGACUGUUGCAGAGCAACCACUUAACACUCUAGUUACAUUUGUAAAAAUGUUCAGUUUUGUCUCUGGCUGUGAUGUGAAGCUAACUUGUCUUUGGAGUGAAAAAAGUGUGCAUGCAUGCUCCACUCCCAUCAGAGCUGUCUGUGAAUAAAUUCCUUUUUUUUUGUAAAUUUUGUGAUUUUUUUUGUACAGGUAUUUGUGGACUUGUGCUUAUUUUUGUUUCCAGUCAUGCAAUCUUAAUGCUUUAUAAAACAUCAUGGUUGUGUGAUGGUAUUUAGAGCUUAAACACACUUGUAACCUCAUUUGCUGAGAUGUUCCUCUUUGCAUUACUUUACUGUCCCACCAUUUUCACCAAGUGCUGAACUCCAACUCCCAGAAGUCAUUGCGGCAUUCAAGGUUAUUUGCAAAUAAUGUCACAUUCUGCUCACAGCAUCAAAUGCCCAACGACUGUUUGCUUUCCAUUAUUUUUCAUUUAAAAUGGUUUCUUAUAAGAUGUAUUGUCCCUCUUCUUGGUUGCUGCGUCAUUCCAACUGUAAUAUUUUUAUAUUUAUUUUUUUUAGACUUCAUUUAGUUUAAAACUAAAUUGCACAAAGUCUGUUGAGACCAAAGUCUCAUUCUCUAUGGUGGCCAUGUCAGUCUGAAAUGCAUAAAGGCAAUAAAGGAAUACAAAUUCAAUGCAAAUACAUUAGUUAGAAUAAUUUAAGAACUAACUGGUAAUUAUGAGCCUUCCUUAUAUUAUAGUACGGUGACAUGAUAACAUUAUAAUUCUUACCCAAAACCAGAAAUAAAGGUCUGUUUUUUUUUUGGGAAUGCAUUUACAUCUACACAAUAGAUACUUGUUAAAAUCAGACUGGGAGAAAAUGUGAUUCCCUUAUUCAUAAGUUUCAUAACUUUGUUAAUGCUAAGCUGACUUGAACACAAUUUAUGCCUGGAAUAAAUUUACCAUUCAAUGUUUUUCUUUUAAUGUAUUAAAUUGUACGUAUUAAAGUGUUGAACAAAAUGUAUAACCUCUGUACACCUCUAGAGGUAUAACAUAUUUGAGUUUAUGGUAUUGGCUGUUGAUGCUUACAACAUAUGAGUUAAAAAAUUGUAUUAACUUGGUUUAUUUUCCCCCCAGAUGCAGUCGAUUAGCCAAGACAUGUUUAGAAUGACAAAUACUAGGCUAUUGUUGCUAAAAACAAUGGACGUAGACUGUCACCUAUUUCUUCUCUGUAAAUACAUGCCCCAAACAUCCAGAUCUUCAUUUGUUUGAAAGAGACAACUCUUUUAUGAUAAUAUAAUAAUUUACAAAAUGUAUGAUUUACUUUGUCUAUAAAAAACACAUUUUCAUUUAUCAACUGCAUCUGGGAUCACUGAUUAACCAUUUUUUUAUAUGAUUAAAAUUUUGUUUAGCCAAAUAUUUAAUUUAAUAGGGAUUCAAGUCAGCGGAGGGUUAGGAUAUCAGGUGGCGACCCUAAAUUUGUGAUAUGUUAAGGAGUUAAAUGUUUAUACUAGAGUUAGAUACGAUAUAUUACCAAAUUUUACGUGAAAUGGCAACAAACCCACUGUGAUGUGCAUGCUAAUUAGAGACCAUACAGUCUAACAUUGCCAUAGACACUUUUUUGUAGGUUCUUUCAUAUAGCUGUCUGUGCCUCUGAAUGAAGAAGGGUCUGCUUUGAAAGUAUGGAGAUGUGAAAAGAAGAAGCAGAUCUCUUAGUCAUGACUGUUUUUGGUGGGAACGUUGGCUAAUGCAGGGGGCUGAACAAUCUCAUCUGACUGUAUAUAUGUAUGGAUGUGUGUAUAUGUGUUUGUUUUCACUGUAACCUAUCUCUACGUUCAGUAUAUAAAGGGGUUUAUUAACGA